AUGUCGAGCGGGGCGACCGCGCUCCCGCCGCCGGCGCACCGCUUGACCUCGUCGUCUCUCAGUGCUCUCCGCAGCUCGGGCUCUCGAACAAGCGUGCAGCUCGCGCCGACGCACGACGCGCUCGGCGGCAUGCUCUUCGGCACCGACCAGGAGGGCCGGGCGACCCUCGUCGGCACCAGAGCGGCGGGCAGCAGACGCAGUCGAACAACCGACCAGUCGCUCGAAGUGCACCUCGACUUGCGAGGCGUGCCGCAGGAGGGCGCGACGAUGCCGCCGGAGCUCGACGACUUGUCGUUCCUCGAGCGCACGCCGUCGCCGCUGCCGAGCCUGGCACUCGCCGCGCUCGAGGACGGUCGGCUCGUGGGCGAUGGCGUUGCGGGAAACGUCGGUUCGGUGUGCGGCGAGGCGCCGCUCGGGCAGGCGCGAGACGAGGCGACGGCGCAGGACGAGCACGACGGCGCGGUCCUGCUGCGGCAGUUCACGUCGGCCUUCUCACUGUCGCCCGAGGGUCCGGCUUCGACACGAUCGGGUCGAGGUGACGGUGCGAGUUCGGCGAGAGUGUUGCAGUUCGACGAGCGGGCCGAGGAGGGUCCGAGCGGCUCGAGCGUCGGCGGCCAAAAGGUCUCGAAGAGUGCCGGGGCGAGGGCAAGAGCGCCGCAGCUCGCGCCGAUCCCGUUCGCCACGCCCGCUCGUCCGACGGCUCCGACCCGCAGCGUCAGCAUCGGCUUGGGCCUCUCGUCCCUCCACCUCGACCGCCCUCUCCUGUCUCCUUUCUACGUCGCCUCGACUGCCGCCGACGCACCCGUCCUCCCGUCGACGCCGACCUCGUCCCUCGCCCAGAACCUCGUCCGCAUCCUCGCGCACCCCGAGCGCCUCCCGCUCGGCCUCUUUGCGCUCCUCGAGGCGUGUGUCCGCGAAGCAGACGCGAGCGGGUGCGACGACGCCGGCGGCGGCGGGUCGACGUUCGGGUCCGGCUCGGUGAGCGGCCUCGCGGUCCGAGCGGGGCUCGUUCCUGCGGCCACGCUCGCGAGCAGCGACGGCUGCGAGAUGCCGCCGCCCGCCAGGUCGAUGCGGCACGCACGCUCACUGUCAGCGUCGACCGGCGCGUCGAGCCGCUCGCGUGCCGCGUCGUCGUCGUCGCUCGCGUCGCGCUCGUCCAGCGGCAACGCCGCCUCGACCUCGACCUCGACCACGUCGUCCGCCCCUUCGCUCGACAAGUCCAGCCUUCCGACACCCACCUGGACGUUCGACGCCGACCAGCUACCGCCGCUCCCGGCCAAGUGCCACCCGCCAAACGAGCGCGCCUUGCGCUUCGUCUACGAGUACGGCGACACGCCGUACGACGACUCUCUACGUGAACAAGCCGCCCCGCUCCCCUCGAGCCACGACGCGCGUCGGGCUUCCCUCGCCGUCCUUCCUCCCCUCGUCGCGUCGUCGAAGUCGCCGGCUCCAAAAGGGCAGCACGUCGUCGAGCGCGCCAAGCGCAGGAUGUCGCGCGUCGACGAGGAGCGCCUCGGCGAGAGCGUCGAGCCCAACUCGCCGCUCGGGGGCCCACGCAGGAGGAUGCGGUGGUCGCGGUGCCGGACGAGGGCCUGA